AUGACAUCUGAGAGACAAGACCUGAGUGCCCAUCAAAAUAUUCCGGCAAAAAGUGCCAAAGAUUUUCCUACUUGGACUAUCACCCCCGACAUCGGCUGCGAAAAAGUAUAUACUUGUGACGAAGCUAUUGAUUUAACAGGUGGGAAAGGUUGGUACGUUUACACUCUUGCGAUAGUCCUGGCGUUUGCGAUCAUGGGCAUGACUCUGGACAUGAUCGGCCUCUCAGUGGUGGUGACCAGUGCCUGCGAUCUGGAACUCACGCAAGCUCAACAGUCGAUCGUAAUGUCCAUGCCUUUUCUUGGAUCAGUGAUUUCGGCGUAUCCUUGGGGCUACAUCGCUGACACUCAAGGUCGUCUCAAAGCCUUGAAGAUUGCUUUAUGGACAAGUUUCAUCUUGGCCACACUUAGUGCUUUUUCACCCAACUGGAUAGUGUUCGCUAUUUUGAGACUGGGUAGCAGUAGUUUUUCUAGUGGAAUACACUCCUUAAGUCUAACGUUACUGGGAGAGUCCUGCCCGUCGAGACUAAAAGGACCCGCUUUGAUAGCGGUGCUCUCUUUGAUGUUCUACACAUUUGGAGUGUACAAUGCUAGCGGGUAUUUCAUACUGGGCCUUGAUUUUGUAUACGAUCUCGGCUUCAUAGUAUUCUCGCCAUGGAGGCUUAUAGCUCUCGUGUUGUCGAUACCACUCGGAGUGUCGACUAUAUUUAUCAUGUUUUAUUACGAAAGUCCGAAAUUUUUGCUAAACGCUGGGGACGAGAUAAAUGCUAUAAAAAUACUCAGAAAAAUUAGCAAGAGGAAUGGUCUUAAAGAGAACGAAUAUCCAGUUCAAAGAGUAGUUUUCAACGAGAUGACACAGUUACGUAAGGACGUUCCACUUCUGCAGUCUCUGAAGGAACAAUUCGUGCCCCUGUUCAAGCCGCCGUACCUUUAUAGAUCCCUACAACUAUUUUUCAUUACUGCUGUUCUUUACUCAAACAAUAAUGGUUAUUUCGCCUGGAUGCCGUUUGUAACCGACAAGCUGUCUAGCUUGGAAGCCAAUGAUACAUCCAGCAAUUUCUGUGAAAUGAUCACCAGCUAUCAGGAGCGCAACACUACUAGCAUCUGCAUCACAUCAGUGUCUGAGUUUACCGUCCAGAUAAGUUUCAUACAAAGCACUGCGUGCAUUCUCUUGAGCUUGGUCGCCAUGUGGCUUUCCUCCUGGAAGAAAGAAGUUCACUUAGCAGUGCUCCUAACGUCAGUGGUCUGCGGCGUUUGCCUUCCCUUCACAAAGGGGUGGCUCUUGACCGUUGUACUAUUUUACGGCUUUCUCAUAAACUGUGUGUCUAUGCCAAUAACAUUCUCAUAUUAUGUUGAUGUUUUUCCCACUUCUUAUCGAGGGAUGGCGACGUGUCUAGGAGUCAUGGUGGCGAGGAUAAGCGCCUUGAUUGGCACGAACAUUGUUGGAGCCUAUCUCGUCUCUCACUGCACUGGCUCGUUAUACAGCUGGAGUGCCUUCAUAAUGUGCGGCCUGCUUGCUUCAGUUUUCUUACCAGCCAACAAACCCAAGAAAUUAUGUUAA